GUGGGCGUGAAAGUUUGGAGGGUGGAUAGGGGCGAGAGGGGUAGAGGGAGGCGAGACGUGGGGUUCAGGAGCAUGACGCGGUCAGCGCGUACGGAGGGCAAACUUGUGCAGAGGACGGCAGAGAUCAAGGUGGAACGAACCUCAAGGGAGAUGGCUUCAAACAGGGACUUACAACAGGCUGCGGAUAAUUGGCUUGUGGUUCUGCAGGAUGGCCGGCGCCGUUUGCAGGAGGCAGUGCUUCGCCUAUCUUCGGCAGCUCGUGAUUGGUCAGGGGUCGAUUGGGGGGCGACGUCAUUGACCGGAUGGCUGGAGGAGAUGCUGCAACGAAUGCUGGGUGUCCUUGGGGAGUUGGAGAAAGGGCCUGAUCCCCGCUGGGAACAUCUUCUUGACUGGCAGCUGGUAGAUGAGCUUAUGUGCUGCUGCUACGAGCUCUAUGAGGAGGGAAACGAUCUGUGUGUUGAAUAUGCUGCACGAUCUACUGGGGAGCCCACUGAACGACCGUCGACAGUAAGACCAUUACAUCUGCUGUCGAAUCUAGCGAGAGCUGGGAUAUUGACAUCUAUCAUACCGACGACACACACAGCAGCGGCAACGACUCUACCAGCACAAACAGAGAUCGAGAUGAGUGCAUCAGCAACACAGGUGACGAUUCCAAUAAUAUCAAUGGCACUCACAACGGUUGCAUCUGCAACGGUGACAAACACUUCACAAAAGUCAACAUCGUCGGUGACGAUGCCAUCUGCUGCACAACUGUUGACAACUACGACAUCUAUGACAGCGGUGACAACAACUUCAACUAUAACAACAGCGCCCAUCACGAUGACAUCUGCUACACAGCUUUUGACAACAACUGCACCGUCGACAAUGAGUAAAACAACUGACACACCAACAACACCUCUCGCUGCGACGACCGCCAUACUAAGUGUCAUUUGCACUCCUUCAACCCUCACUUUGGGUGGGGUUUCUUGGAAGGCUUUGGAGUUUCUGCUGCGGCUGAAGGGUGGGCAAGGGGUCAUGCUUGCCAAUCCCACUGCGCUUCCCGACUAUCUUCGGGCGCUCUGCACACAGCAGGGGAGGGUGCUGAUUGGGGGUCGGGGUGAGGGGGGGCUUAGCCAUGAGUUAUUCCCGUGGGACUCUGGCGGGGAGAGGGUGGCACGGGAAGGCUGCUGCGAGGAGGGUUUAGGAUAGCUCUUGAGCGAUGCCUUGUCAUCUCCUUGCUUACUCUAUGUUUCGCGGGGUGUUUUGAAAUGAAAUUUCGUAGAUUAC